GUAGCGUUGGCGCACGGCGGGGGCUGCCGGGUAAUGUAGUUUGAGGGGGAACUGCGCACGCUGGAGUUAAUCGGGAUUUGAAUCGCUGCUGUGGGAUUGGCAUGAGCUCUAAGAGGCUUCGGGCUGAGCCGGAGAAUGGGGCUGGAAGGAAGAGGCAGCUGAAGCGAGAGGUUGCGGAACUCAACCCGUUGUUGGUGGAAGCGAAGGAGCGAGUGAGCGAGGCCUGGAGCCGGGGCCUCGAGUACUCACACGAGCAGGGUCUGCUGGUCAGCACUCAGCCAUUCACACACUGUGUGAUACCAGAUUUUAUCCAGAGUCAGUCGUUCCUGACAGGGCUUCAAAAUGAGCUUCUGCAACUAAACUUUCAUGAAAAAUCCAAUGAUCUCUAUAAAUUUAAGCAGUCAGAUGAUCUCAGGAGGAGGAAAGAGUACCAUAUCUCAGCACUAAGGAAAAUACUUUAUGAAGACUUUCGUACAUGGCUUUCAGAUAUUGCAGGUGUAAAACUGGAAAGCACGGUUGAUAUAUCCAGCGCUAAGUAUGAAUACACAGAUGUGUUGCUCUGUCAUGAUGAUGAGUUAGAAGGGCGGAGAAUAGCAUUCAUCUUGUAUCUUGUGCCUGAGUGGCAAGCAAGUGAUGGCGGCACCUUGGACCUUUUUGAUGCAGAUGACCAUUACCAGCCUUGGCAGAUUGUCAAGUCAUUAACUCCUUCGUGGAACACAUUAGUUUUCUUUGAAGUUUCUCCUGUCUCUCAUCAUCAGGUAUCUGAAGUCCUGGUAGAGGGAAAGUGCCGUCUUUCUGUCAGUGGCUGGUUCCAUGGGCCAUCGUUGGAGAGGCCCCCUCGUUAUAUCGAAUCUCCUACUCCUCGAAUGCCACAUAUUGCGUGUGAUGAAGAAAUUCUUUAUGAAUGGAUCAAUCCAAUUUACAUGGAUAUGUCAGCCCAAGCUAAUAUCCAGGAGCAGUUUGAAGAAAAAUCUGAGAUUCUUCUAAAGAAUUUUUUCAAGAAAGAAAAAUUUCAGAUGAUAUAUGAGGCUCUAUCUAACCCGAAGAUUAAAUGGAAGAGAAGAGGACCUGCCAAUAAAAGAUGCUAUGAUCAAGCAGAGGAAGAUGGCCUUCCUGACAUUCUUGCCAAAUGUAUGAAGCUCUUUCGUUCUGAGGCCAUGUUCCUGCUUCUGUCCAAUUUUACUGGCUUAAAACUGCAUUUCCUCGCAGCCUCAGAUAAUGAUGAAGACGAGCAAGAGGAUGAACUAGAGCUGUCCAGUGGAAAUGAACAUGCAUGUUCUAGCACUGAAAAGGAUGGCAAAUCAGAUUCAACAUAUCCUGAAGGCAAUGAGAGCAGAGAGGGAGAAAAAGCUAAAACAACAGAAAAAACAAUGCCAGGGGACAGUCCACCAGAGUCAAGUGUUCCUGUUUGCCAAGGAGAACUACGGCAUUGGAAGAAUGGAUACUACACCCUUAUCCACGACACCAAUGUGGAAAACACAGAAUUUGCCCUGGACCUGUUGUUGAGCUGUGGCUGUGAAGGCUGGGAUGAGGAAUUUGGUGGUGUCACUUCAUACAUUGCAAAAGGGGAAGAUGAAGAGUUACUUGCCCUUUGUCCAGAAGACAACGCAUUGGCAUUGAUCUACCGAGAUAAAGAAACACUGAAGUUUGUGAAACAUGUUAACCAGAGGAGCAUCACUCAGUUUAACGGGAAGCAUGAGGGGAGGGGAUUCUGGGACUUUUCCUUUGUGUAUUAUGAGUGAUGGUACAUCUGCCUUCUCUUCCUAAGUCGUUGCAUCUGAUGUGGGAUGAAGCAUAAAAGUGUUCAACACUAUGGUCUUCCUGAAAAAGGUUUUUGCAGCAAUAUGUGUGAAGCCAUUCAAAAACCUGAUACAUGAUGGUUGCACUUAGAUCACAACUGGAUUUCAGAUGGGCUGAUAAUUGGCUUUGCCAGUUGGUUGACUUGAAUGAGGACCUACUUGGACUGGGAAAAGGUACUGUUAAAGUCCCAAUUUCAUAUAAAUCACUGACAUCUGUUUUGAACAACUGUGGCCUUCUACUUCCCUAUUAAAAAUAUGUUUGAACAGAAGUGAAUUAAGUCUCACUUAAUUUCUCUUGUCUAACAUUGGCUGCACUUUGCAAACAUCCAUCCUUAGCUUGCAAGUGUACAUUCAGCUUUGGGAGCCCCGUAGGUUUCAUGUACUUCAUAAAAAGAAUAUCGCAAUAAAUGUAUAAUUGUUUGCAGCAAAGUUGGUGAUGUUGCUAUUAAUAUCUGCUUAAUUUGAUUGUGAUAUAAUCUUGUAAUGGUAGAUACUUUUUGGAUGUAUUUUUUCUGUUUGUGUUUCCUCUGGUUUAUAUUCUUUUCUAUCUAAC